GACCCGCCGCCGCCGCCGUCGCUGUGCAUAUGCUGCGACGACUUUUCCAGGCCGACAGUCACGCCUCUCGUUUCUAUAUGUUCCAUGGUAGAGUCUUGGCCAGGCUGCCUGCGACAACGACCUUCCUCAGCAAACACUGCGCCUCUCCCUCUUUGCUGCACCACGCGUCCCGCCGAGCCAUCACCACCGCGUCCACCACUGCCACUACCACCCCGUCACUCUCUUCGAGAUCACUCCGCCCCGGCGCAUCGACAAGCAGCAGUUCCAUAGCACCCUCACUUCUGUCACGCGCUAGAGAUACAUCCGUACAGCACAACCGCAUCUCCCUGCAAUCAAUCUCUCGCCGAUUCAGCAACAUGGACCAUGCUUCGCCCAAGCGCAAGCAGCCCCCGGCCGGCAAUGACUCCUCGCGGCCCACGAAACAGGUCCGACGGCCUUCACAAUCUCUGCAGAUGGAGAAUGGUGGGAAGAAGAUCGAGAACGGCGUCACAGCUUCAGCAGCAGACACACCCAACGGGCACGUGUCUCCUCAGCACUCAGUCGAUGAGGACGCCAUGAGUGUGAUACCAGCUUCCGGGCCAGAUACUGCAGAAUGGCAGGCCACAAUCGAAAAAGUGGUCAGCAAUGUCGUCAGCAUUCACUUCUGCCAGACUUGCUCGUUCGACACAGACAGCGCCAUCUCGAGCGAGGCCACUGGAUUUGUUGUCGAUGCAGAGCGCGGAUACAUUCUCACCAAUCGUCACGUCGUCGGCGCUGGCCCGUUCUGGGGUUAUGUCAUAUUCGAUAACCACGAGGAGUGCGAUGUAUUUCCUGUCUAUCGCGACCCAGUACACGAUUUCGGCAUCUUGCGCUUUGAUCCCGAAAAGAUUCGCUACAUCAAGUUGAGCUCGCUGGAACUGAGGCCAGACCUCGCAAAAGUUGGCGCUGAGAUCAGAGUUGUGGGUAACGAUGCGGGAGAGAAACUGAGUAUCUUGUCUGGAGUCAUUUCUAGAUUGGACAGGAAUGCUCCCGAGUACGGCGAGGGCUACAGCGAUUUCAACACAAACUACAUUCAGGCCGCUGCUGCAGCAAGUGGAGGGUCUUCGGGAUCGCCUGUGGUCAACAUCGAUGGACAUGCAGUCGCGCUGCAGGCCGGUGGAAGAUCGGACGGCGCCGCAACAGACUACUUUUUGCCUCUGGAUCGACCGUUACGAGCGCUGCAGUGCAUUCGAGAAGGAAAGCAUGUGGAUCGAGGGACAAUUCAGACACAGUGGAUACUGAAACCUUUCGAUGAAUGUCGAAGGCUUGGGCUCACUCCGGAGUGGGAAAGCAAGGUGCGAGCAGAGUUCCCGAAGGAGACGGGUAUGCUCGUAGCAGAAGUCGUGCUGCCUAAGGGACCAGCAGAUGGCAAGCUAGAGGAGGGCGAUGUUCUGCUCAAAGUCAACGACAGUCUCCUCACGCAGUUCGUGAGGUUGGACGCCGUUCUUGACGACAGCGUUGGCGGCAAAGUCAAGUUAUUGAUUCAAAGAGGCGGCCAAGACAUGGAAGUCGAGAUUAACGUUGGUGAUCUCCACCUCAUUACUCCCGAUCGCUUCGUAUCAGUUGCCGGUGCUGCAUUUCACAACUUGUCUUACCAGCAGGCGAGACUAUACGCAAUCGCGAUAGAGGGCGCUGGCGUAUACUGCUGCGAAGCUGCAGGCUCCUUCAGAUUUGAAGGCUCUGAAUACGGGUGGCUGAUACAGUCUAUUGACCACAAGCCCACGCCUGACCUGGACACUUUCGUCGAGGUCAUGAAAGGGAUCCCGGAUCGCAGCAGAGUGGUAGUCACGUACAAGCAUUUACGAGAUAUGCACACGCUAAACACGAGUAUCAUGUUUGUCGAUCGGCAUUGGAGCAAGAACAUGCGCAUGGCGGUCCGAAACGACGAGAGCGGCCUUUGGGACUUUACGGAUCUGGCCGAACCUAUACCACCUACAGCACCCGUCCCGAGAAAGGGCAACUUCAUCACUAUGGCCGGCGCGCAGCACAAGGCUGCUGUGGACAUCAUCAAGUCCUUCGUGCGGGUAUCUGUCACUCUGCCGCUGAAGCUCGAUGGCUUUCCGAAAGCUCGCAAGAUUGGAUUUGGUCUGGUCAUUGAUGCCGAGAAGGGUCUGGUCGUGAUCUCACGAGCGAUUGUGCCCUACGACAUGUGCGACAUUUCAGUCACCAUCGCAGACUCGAUCAUCGUAGAGGGCAAAGUCGUUUUCCUACACCCGCUGCAAAACUACACGGUCAUUCAAUAUGAUCCGAAGCUCGUACAGGCGGAUGUGCGAACUGCCAAAUUGGCCACCGAGCAGAUCAAGCAGGGAGAGUCGACGAUAUUCUUCGGCUUCAACCAGAACCUGCGGCCCGUCGUUGCGAAGACCACCGUGACGGACAUCACGACUGUGGCUAUUCCCGCAAGCGCCUCAACUCCUCGUUACCGUGCUGUCAAUCUGGAUGCGAUCACUGUAGACACAUCGCUCAGUGCGCAGUGCGGCAGCGGUGUCUUGAUCAGCGAAGACGGCACUGUGCAGGCUCUUUGGCUCACAUACCUUGGCGAGCGCACAGGCCACAGCGGCAAAGACAUCGAGUACCAUCUCGGUUUCUCUACGCCAGGUCUGCUCCCGGUGAUCGACGAGGUGCGAACAGGCAAGAACCCACAACUCAACAUUCUCAACCUCGAGACACAGACGAUUCAAAUGUCCCAAGCCCGCAUUAUGGGCGUGCCCGAAGAAUGGAUCGACCGCGUCGAACGCGAAGACCCCGAACGCCACCAGCUCUUCAUGGUCCGCAAAGUCGACGCCGACGAAUCAAUCAAACCGGGCGAAUCGUCCCUCCUCGAAGGCGACAUCAUCCUCACCCUCAACGAUCAACUCAUCACCCGCGUGACAAACAUGGACCUAAUGUACACCAACCCAUCCCUCAAAGCCCUCAUCAUCCGCAAACAACAACAACUCUCCCUCACAAUCCCCACAGUCCCCACCCAAGAACUCGAAACCCACCACAUCCUCGUCUUCUGCGGCGCAGUCCUUCAUCGUCCUCACCACGCCGUCCGCCAACAAAUCUCAAAAAUCCACUCCGACAUCUACGUCUCUGCUCGAUUCCGUGGCUCCCCAUCAUACGCCUACGGUCUCGCCCCAACGAAUUUCAUCCUCGCAGUCAACGCCACUCCAGUCAACACACUUCCAGAACUCCUCCAAGAAGUCAACAAAAUCCCCGACAACACAUAUUUCCGUCUCAAAGUCAUGACAUUCGAUAAUGUCCCCUGGGUGGCGACGAUGAAGAAGAACGAGCAUUAUUUCCCCACGAUGGAAUUCGUCAAGGAUCCGAAUGAGCGGGAAGGAUGGAAGAGGAUCAUGUAUGAGAAUGGGAAGAAGAAGGUCGGAAAGGGGGAAAUUUUGCCUGAGGUGCUCGAGGAAGGCAUUGGUGCGGCAGAAGAUAUGGAAGAGGGGAGUUAAAGCUGAUGAUGUGGUUUGAUGUGGAGACACACGUGACAAGGCUGUACAAAAGUGAAAAGAAGGUGAUAGAUGAGUAAUUUUGGCAGUGCAUAGAUCAAACAGAAUCUAUCUCUGAGAAACCCA